AUGGCAGAAAAAUCACCGUCGACACCAACAAACAUCUCUGCAGCCAUUACCACAGGUUCAUCAUUUAAACGAUAUUAUCGACCUUAUUACACCAAGAAACAGAUUGCAACACUAAAUAGUGUAAAGAAGCUUGGACCACUGGCAUCUAAAGAAACAACGGCUCGAUACUCUAGCUGUAAAUUUAUGCAAGACGUUGGAAGAAAACUCGGAUUCCCACAAAAGACUAUUAGUACAUCGCAAGCUCUAUAUCAUCGAUUCUAUCUCUAUUAUUCCAUCAAAGACUACUCGCCACAAGAUAUCAGCGUGACAUGUCUAUUUGUAGCCUCAAAAAUAGAAGAAACAAUUAAAAAAUUAAAAGAUAUCUUUGUAGCUGUUCACAGUGUUAAAUACCCAGACAGCAAGGAAUUGGAUCCAGAGCAUAUUGCUGAGGAUCGUAAGAGGAGGAUUAUCAGCUAUGAGAAGUUGGUAUUGGAAACAGCGUGCUUUAAUUUUCAAUUACGGCAUCCGUACGAGUAUGUGAUCAAGUUUACAAAAUGGUUAAAAGAUAAACAGUUGGCAGAAAAAGCUUAUGAGAUUGCAGUGGACAGUUAUAAAACGUCUCUUUGUAUCGAAUACCCUCCACACACCAUUGCAGCCGGAUGUGUUUAUUUGGCAACCCUCUUUUUAAAGGAUCAAGACGACACAAUCGAAAAGUUGAUUAAAGAUAGGCCAUGGGACCAGUACUUUCUGUCACGUAUGGAUGAUAUUGAAGGUAACGAAUGGAUAUAUAUGUAG